GAUUACAGCAAGCAGCAGAAGGCAGCAGCAGAGAGGGAUCUCCAGCCCAAGGGUUGACUUUGCCACCAUUCAUUGAUGAGAAGAAGAAGAAGAAAGGAAAGAAGAAGAACAAGCCAGGAUUACAGCAAGCAGCAGAAGGCAGCAGCAGAGAGGGAUCUCCAGCCCAAGGGUUGACUUUGCCACCAUUCAUUGAUGAGAAGAAGAAGAAGAAAGGAAAGAAGAAGAACAAGCCAGAGACACCAUCACCCCAAGGGAACUCUCAGAAGGAAUUAGCCCUCAGGAAGGCUGAAUUAGCUGAAACCUUGGAAGAAGAGAUCAAAAUCAGCACGGAUGUGACCAGUCUGAAGCAAAACACUGUUGAGAAGCUGAAGCAGUGCAGAGCCUGCCUGGUAGAGGCCAACUGCCAGCUGGGGAAGGAGAUCCAGGACACUGAUGACAGCACGGCCAGGCAAGCCAGGCGCCUGCUGCAGCAGUGUGAGGCGUUCCAGAGGAUGAAGGUGACAGUGCAGACCUUCAAUAAGAACCAGCUGGAUACAGCAAAGGCAGAGUUCCAGGAAAUGGAAAAAACAAUGGAAAAAAAUCUGGCAGAGCUACAGCAGCAGCUGGAGGACGUCACAUCAAAGGUGCAGGCUCUCCAGGAGGAGCUCAGGGUCGUGCGGCCCCACAUCGAUGGGCACUAUCUGGACCAAGCUGUCAAGAUAAUGCUCCUGCAGCACAGCAUCCGGAAACUGAAGUGGCAGCAGAAGGAGGAGAUAGGGAAGGCAGAAGAAAUGGGGAAACACAUCCCGGAACAACGAGGAAAGAAGGCACAGGAGGAACAAGAGGCGCUGUUACAGAAAAUCGUGGAGGAGAUGAUGCUGAACCAGGAUGGCCUGGGGCACAUGACGAUAAGCAACAACGUUCUGUGGCAUGAUACAGUGAGGCAAAGGGAGAUUAUUCAGGAGCUGGAGGAGGAGAUUGAUGAGCUGAAGAGAAGCAUCCAGACCCUCUGCUAGAAUGCAAGAGACUCAGGAGAGCUGAUCUUUGCUGAUGUUCUUCUCCACGGACCCAAGUGCACACUGGACACCGAGGUGGUCCUCAGCACCCCCACCGAGGAGACACCACCCCUCUGCUGUCACCAGACUCCCCUUGCAG